AGCCGCCUGCCGGGAGCUGGACCAGCCGGCGCCGGCGGCCGGGGGGCCCUGGCAGCUCCUGGUGGAGAGCAUGGGCGUGAGGAUCUACCGGCUGUACGACGAGCAAUCAGGACUUUAUGAGUAUAAAAUCUUUGGUGGUCUUGCUGACUGUCCUCCAAAACUGUGUGCGGAUGUCUAUAUGGAUUUAGAUUUCAGAAAACAAUGGGAUCAAUAUGUUAAAGAACUGUAUGAGAAAACAUAUGAUGGUGAAAAAGUAAUCUACUGGGAAGUGAAAUACCCUUUUCCUCUUUCAAACAGAGAUUACGUCUACAUUCGUGAGUGCCGAGAGAUGGAUGUUGAUGGGCGGAAGAUCUGGGUGGUGUUAGCUCAAAGUGUGUCUGUUCCUCAGUGCCCUGAAAAGCCUGGCAUUAUCAGAGUUAAAAGCUAUAAACAAAGUCUGGCAAUUGAAAGUGAUGGCAAGACUGGAUCUAAAGUCUAUAUGUACUACUUUGAUAAUCCUGGUGGCAUGAUUCCGUCAUGGCUGGUGAACUGGGCUGCCAAGAGUGGUGUGCCUACUUUCUUGAAGGAUAUGCAAAAAGCUUGCCGUAAUUAUUCUAAGAGCACAUAGGUCAAAGUUGAUCUGAAUUGUUUAAUCCCUAGGGCUCUGCACUUACAGGAGUGGCUAUUACCUAUUACACUGGAUAAAAUCUACCUCUGAUAUUGGAAAGAAUUUUAUUUUAGUCAGUUUAUGCCUUGAAUUUUAUUAGAUCUUUGUUUCCGUCUCCAACUGAAGAACUGGCCACUGACAAGGUGGCAUCAGCUGCAUCCUUUGGAAAGUAUUUAGCCUUGUCCCCUAUGCCUUGCUUAUGCUGUUUAUUGAAAUAUUACAUCCUUGGACCAGAGACAACGAUCUUGCUAGGAAAAAUGUUUGAAAUUGGACUGAAAAUUCUCUACACAUGUUAUGCCUGGAUCUGCCUUUGUGGCCUUGCAGGGUGGCUUCCUACUUGAAUUUGGAUAAUGGAUUGAAUUGAAUAAUGGAGCUUGCAUUACUUAGGAGGAAACACUUUUGCUACCCAAGUUUAUCACUCUUAAACUGUCUGCCUGCUAUAAACCUAAAAAAUGCCAAGGGCAUAUAGGUAAAUUACUAGAAGUCUGCAGUAGAAACUGGAACUCUGUGUUACUAAGAUUCCUUGAUGACUUUAAGUCCAGAUAUAAAACAACUUGUGCCUAAAGCCUUGCAUUCACAUCAAUACCCCUGUAUGAAAAGUAAAAACCCUUAGCUGUGUCCAGAUGGAAAAAAGUUGGAGUUGGCUUGCAUGUGUGAUUUAAGGGGAACAAGUUAUAUCUUCAGAGUCAGUAGCCUUAUGUAUAAAGCAGCUUGGAUACCAGCUUCAGAUUGGAAGUAAUUUUUAACUGGAUGCCUGCAACUGAAUGUGAAUGAACUUUAUAUGAAACUUGGGCUUGCUUGUAUUUUAAAAUUUCGUGCUGAUGUAAAGAAUGAAACUGUAAUUUUGGAUGGUAAUCCACUAAAAGCACAGCUGAGCAGGAAAUUAAAUUUCCAGCAUGUUUGCGGGGAGUAGGGUGGGGGGUAGGAGGAUAAAAAGGUGGGAGGGCCUCAGUCUCAGGGAUUUAAAAUAUUCUGCAUCAUUGCUAAAUCUAAUCCUGUUACUGAAGAAAUCUUGUAAUGGGGUAGCUUUGUCUUGUUAAAAAAUAAAGUGAUUGCCUUUAUACUUCAUGUACAUAUUUGUUUCCAAUAAAUCACUAUUCUCUCC